CCAGUAUGGGCGGGACGAGGCCCCAGGGCAACAAACCAGGAAGUAGAACCGGUCUGUAGUUUCCAACAUGUUCCUCUGCGGCGGAUAUAAAGCACGCCCGCGGCCGCAGGACAGCGUCAUUACGUGACUCGGUGCUCGAACCCCCGGCUGUCCGCGAUGUGUGAGGCCGUGCUGCUGGAUCUCAAACACGGCUGCGGUCCCGCGUGCCUCGGCGCGGCUCCCCCGGAGGAGCCUCAUGUUUUCCUGCUGCUCGGGACCCGGUCCCCGGAGGACUUCACCGGCUCUUCAGGUGCGUUUCAGAGCGCGUGCGGCGGGAGCGUGCACGUGCUGGACUCCGGCUCCACCGCGGAGAGUUUGUACCGGCUCAAGCAGACCGUGGACCGGCUGCAGCUGAGCUCCAUCCGGGUUCUUACGACCCCGCAGGGUCGGGACGUCCUGCUUCUCUACCAGCAUCUGCUGUUUACGGCAGUGUACACCUUUGAUUACGUCACCUGUUCGAGCUGCACAAGCCCCGCCCACAUUGACUCACCUGGAGGAGGAGGAGGAGGAGGAGUUGAAGAAGAAGUCCAGGAAGAAGUUUCUGUGUUUGUGCAGCAGCUGCCAGCGCUGAAAGGAGAAAUCAGAGUCCUGAAGUCCACUCUGAUCCCAGACUGUUUUGGUCAUGGCUUCACCACCCGUAGAGGGGGAGUGUCCUCCAUCCCUCCCCUCUCCUCCCUCAACCUGUUCAGCAGCAGCCGGAGGCGGGACCCCGUUGCCGUGGUGACGGAGAACCGGCGCCGACUGGCGGUCCACGCCGGUUUCCACCCUCGGCCGCUGCGUCUCGUCAAGGUGAACCACGGCAGUGAUGUCUGGGUGGUGGGCAGCUCCGAGCCGGAGAGCUACGACGCCAUGGUAACGGACCAGCCGGGCGUGGUGCUGGCCGCGCCGGGUGCCGACUGCAUGCCCGUCCUGUUCGCUGACCCCGUGUCAAAGGUCAUCGGGGCCGCCCACGCAGGUUGGAGAGGAACCCUGAUGGGUGUUGCCGCGGCAACCGUGGAUGCCAUGGUCAAGGGGUUCGGUUGCCGGGUGAGCGACAUCGUGGUUGCCGUGGGCCCGUCGGUGGGGGCGUGCUGCUACACGAUGGAGAGAGAGACGGCGCUCGGCUUCCAGCGAGUCCACCCAGACUGCGUCACCAACCCCGAGUCAGCCCGGCCGCACGUGGACAUCCGAUUGGCCAACAGGGUCCUCCUCCAGCGCGCCGGCGUCCUGCCCCAACACAUCCACGACCACACGGACCCGGGGCGCCCCGGGGUCACCCCCUGCACCGCCUGUCACCCCGAAGACUUCUUCUCCCACGUCAGAGACGGGCUCAACUUCGGGACCCAGCUGGGCUUCCUGUGGAUCAGGGACGCAGAAGGGAUGCUCUGAUAGGACGGGCGGGCGGGCCAGGCCAGGCCAGGCCAGGCCAGGCCGGGCCAGUCAGGGUUGGUGGGGGGUGUAAUGGAGGUCCUCUUCAUCACUAAUAUUUUGCAGCAUUAGCACAUUAGUAGCUCAUUAUGUUACAUUACACUAAAGGUUCCGGUAGAUACCAUGUUUCAUGUAGCAAAGGGGUGUUUGAGUAUUUUAAUUGACUGUACUUGCUAAACUAACUAUGUUUGAUUGGAUUAGGUAACAUCAUGCAAGUACAUUGAGUUAACAGUAGAUAAGUAGAAAUGCAUUUGAUGUGGUGGUUGUAUUUUGUAUAAUUGUUCAAAUUAAGUACAUUUCAGACUUAACUUGUCUGGACCACAUGCUGCAUGUGAUGUUCAGUUUGCUGGUUGCAAUCAUGGCGUCCAUGUUUGUGUUAAUUGUUGGGGAAAUAAACACCUGUUGAUCUGCACCGUACCUCUGCCUCAAGCCUCCUGCUGUAAUUAUCCAAACACUAUGCAGCCAUUCUAACAGGGGGCAGAGCCAGAUGUUGGAAACCCAAACCUGGGGAGGGGUGUAUAGCAUGUAUAGAGCCAGCAUAUCUCCACCAGACU